AGACUUUAAUGGCCGAAAUUCAGAAUCCAUUUUGACCACACUCUACAAAUCUCUCUUUUUCUCUCUACCUGUCCCACUCUCCUCCUCUUUAUCUAUCCCCAAAUCCUUCAACGUUCGUUCCUCUCUCCUAUUUUUCCUUUACUUUUUCUUUUUCUUGUUCUUACACCCAAAGUUGUUUUUGUGUGUUUUGAUAUUCAUGGGUAUGUAGACAUGGCCGUGGACCUCAUCUCCCACCUUUCCCCACUCCCCAAUAUGGAACCCAACGCCGUCCAAGAAGCCACUUCCGGCCUCGAAAGCGUCCACAAACUCAUCCGUUUACUCUCCAUUCCCAAUCCCCAUUCCUUACCUUCCUCCUCUCAGUCCCCAAUCGAUUUCCCUUCCGACUGCCGCGCCGCCGCCGACGCUGCCGUCUCCAAGUUCAAAAAAGUCAUUUCCCUCCUCGGCCGUAGCCGCCUCGGCCACGCUCGCUUCCGCAGAGCUCCUCUGCCUCAACAACCUCAUUACGUUACUCCCAUCCAACAGAUCCCACCUCAUCCCCAUCCCCAUCUUAACAGCAACAACAGCAACGAUGAAUCUCUUAAUUUCUCCGCUCACAAUUCCUUCAUUUCUUCUUUGACCGGCGACGCCGAUACCAAGCAUCCUUCUUCCUCUUCCUCGCCUUUUCUCAUUUCCAACCUCUCCCAGGUCUCCUCUGCUGGGAAGCCCCCUCUUUCUAGUUCUUCCCUUAAGAGGAAGUGCAGCUCCGACAACUUGGGAUCCGGCAAGUGCGCCGCUGCUUCUUCCUCUGCUCGAUGUCACUGUUCCAAAAAGAGAAAAUUGAGGGUGAAGAGAGUGGUGAGAGUUCCAGCAAUAAGCUUGAAAAUGGCGGACAUCCCACCGGACGAUUAUUCAUGGAGGAAGUAUGGUCAAAAGCCCAUUAAAGGCUCUCCACAUCCCAGGGGUUAUUACAAGUGUAGCAGUGUAAGAGGUUGUCCAGCCCGGAAACACGUAGAACGGGCCGUAGACGAUCCGGCGAUGCUAGUAGUGACUUACGAAGGAGAACACAAUCACACCCUCUCUCUGCCCGAAACCUCUAGUCUCAUCCUCGAGUCCUCGUAGAACAUCUUCAUCGUUUAUUUCAUCUUAAUCUCCAAUCAGAUCCGAGGUGAUCAAAUAGGAAUGGAAGUGUGUUUUUCCAGAAAAAAGAAAAAGAAAAGUUAUUUUCUUCUCUUCUUCAUCUUGACGAGCAGGCCCCUUGUCUCCAUCUUCAAUCGUCUUCAGCCGCGGCCAACACCAGCUCGCCGUCAGCCUCGCUUUGUCGCCCGCGCCGUUCCUUUAAAGCAGUAAGUUGUUAAAAAUUCAAGAGUAAUAAAAGAAAUUGUUGUAAACUUAAAUUAAAAGACUAAAUUAUUAUUUACAUCAAAAUUGGGAGACAAAA